GCUGCUGACACAAACGGUCAUUAGCAGAUGACCCUUUUGUAACAAGCUAUGCUUUAAAAUGUAAACUGUGGGGCAUUUUCCUUGCAUUGUCCAGAAGGAACUUUCUCCUGCCUGAGCCUGGAUUAAUCAUGAGAGAGCUCGUCAACAUUCCACUGGUACAUAUUCUUACCUUGGUUGCCUUCAGCGGGACUGAGAAACUUCCAAAAGCUCCUGUCAUCACCACUCCUCUUGAAACAGUGGAUGCCUUAGUUGAAGAAGUGGCUACUUUCAUGUGUGCAGUGGAAUCCUAUCCCCAGCCUGAAAUUUCCUGGACGAGAAAUAAAAUUCUCAUUAAGCUCUUCGAUACCCGGUACAGCAUUCGGGAGAACGGGCAGCUCCUCACCAUCCUGAGUGUGGAAGACAGUGAUGAUGGCAUCUACUGCUGCAUAGCCGACAAUGGCGUAGGAGGAGCUGCGGAGAGCUGUGGGGCUCUGCAAGUGAAGAUGAAACCUAAAAUAACUCGUCCUCCCAUAAAUGUAAAAAUAAUAGAAGGAUUAAAGGCAGUUCUACCAUGUACUACAAUGGGCAAUCCCAAACCAUCCGUGUCAUGGAUUAAGGGAGACAGCGCUCUCAGGGAAAAUUCCCGCAUUGCAGUUCUUGAAUCUGGGAGUUUAAGGAUUCAUAAUGUGCAAAAGGAAGAUGCAGGACAUUAUCGAUGUGUGGCAAAAAACAGCCUCGGGACGGCAUAUUCCAAAUUGGUGAAGCUGGAAGUUGAGGAGGAAAGUGAACCUGAGCAAGAUAAUAAAGUUUUUGCCAGAAUCCUGCGGGCUCCUGAAUCCCACAAUGUCACCUUUGGCUCCUUUGUGACCCUGCGCUGCACAGCAACAGGCAUCCCCGUCCCCACCAUCACCUGGAUUGAAAACGGGAAUACUGUUUCUUCCGGGGCCAUUCAAGAACGAGUGAAAGACCGAGUGAUUGACUCAAGACUGCAGCUGUUUAUCACCAAGCCAGGACUCUUCACAUGCGUAGCUACCAAUAAGCAUGGAGAGAAAUUCACCACUGCUAAGGCUGCAGCCACCGUCAGUAUAGGAGAAUGGAGUAAACCACAGAAAGAUAGCAAAGGCUACUGUGCCCAGUACAGAGGGGAGGUGUGCAAUGCUGUGCUGGCAAACGAUGCUCUUGUUUUCUUCAACAACUCCUACGCUGACCCUGAGGAGGCCCAGGAACUGCUUGUCCACACCGCCUGGAGUGACCUGAAGGCAGUGAGCCCGCUCUGCCGGCCGGCUGCUGAGGCUUUGCUGUGUAACCACAUCUUCCAAGAAUGCAACCCUGGGGCGGUAUCUACUCCCAUACCCAUUUGCAGAGAAUACUGCCUGGCGGUACAGGAGCUCUUCUGUGCAAAAGAAUGGCUGGCACUGGAAGAGAAGACCCACAGGGGACUCUACAGACCGGGGCCACAUCUGCUCUCCCUGCCUGACUGCAGCAAGCUCCCCAGCAUGCACUGGGACCCGCUGGCCUGCACCAGACUGCCAUUUUUAGAUUUUAAAAAAGAAAACCUAACAACAUUCCCACCAAUGACGUCCUCAAAGCCGAGUGUGGACAUUCCAAAUGUGCCUUCCUCCUCCUCCUCCUCCUCUGCCUCGCCCACAUACUCCAUGACUGUAAUCAUCUCCAUCAUGUCCAGCUUUGCAGUAUUUGCGCUUCUUACCAUAACUACUCUUUAUUGCUGCCGAAGACGAAGACAAUGGAAAAAUAAGAAAAGAGAAUCGGCAGCAGUGACCCUCACUACUCUUCCUUCUGAGCUCCUGCUAGACAGACUUCAUCCCAACCCCAUGUACCAGAGGAUGCCACUUCUUCUGAAUCCCAAAUUGCUCAGCCUGGAGUAUCCAAGGAAUAAUAUUGAAUAUGUGAGGGAUAUCGGAGAAGGAGCAUUUGGAAGGGUCUUUCAGGCAAGGGCUCCAGGCUUGCUCCCCUAUGAACCGUUCACCAUGGUGGCGGUGAAGAUGCUCAAGGAAGAGGCUUCGGCAGACAUGCAAGCUGACUUCCAGAGGGAGGCGGCCCUCAUGGCGGAAUUUGACAACCCUAACAUUGUGAAGCUCUUAGGUGUGUGUGCCGUGGGGAAACCCAUGUGCCUGCUCUUCGAAUACAUGGCCUAUGGUGACCUCAACGAGUUCCUCCGCAGCAUGUCUCCUCACACUGCGUGCAGCCUCAGUCACAGCGACCUGUCCAUGAGGGCUCAGGUCUCCAGCCCUGGGCCCCCGGCCCUCUCCUGUGCUGAGCAGCUCUGCAUAGCCAGGCAGGUAGCAGCCGGCAUGGCCUACCUCUCAGAGCGCAAGUUUGUCCACCGGGAUUUAGCCACCAGGAACUGCCUGGUGGGAGAGAACAUGGUGGUGAAAAUUGCUGACUUUGGCCUCUCUAGGAACAUCUAUUCAGCGGACUACUACAAAGCUAAUGAGAAUGAUGCCAUCCCUAUCCGCUGGAUGCCACCUGAGUCCAUUUUCUACAACCGCUACACCACAGAGUCUGACGUGUGGGCCUACGGUGUGGUCCUGUGGGAGAUCUUCUCCUAUGGCCUGCAGCCCUACUACGGGAUGGCCCAUGAGGAGGUCAUUUACUAUGUGCGAGAUGGCAACAUCCUCUCCUGCCCUGAGAACUGCCCCCUGGAGCUGUACAACCUAAUGCGGCUGUGCUGGAGCAAGCUGCCUGCGGACAGACCCAGUUUCGCCAGUAUUCACCGAAUCCUGGAACGCAUGUGUGAGAGGGCAGAUGGAGCUGUGAGUGUCUAAGGUUGAACAUGUGCAAAUGAAACACUGCCCUUUCCUCUCAGGCUCUGUGAGCCAGAGGAACACAAUGCGAGAGGCCCACCCUAGAUAGGAGGAAUAAUAGUAGACGUGAGGAGCUUGUUGUUUGUUUCUCCGGAAAAACAAAGACUGCAGAACUCAGAUAGUAGACCAAUCUAUUCAAAGUUAAUGAUUGGAAAUGCAGGUUAGGAACCCGUCACAGACAACCAGAGAUAACUAAUCUUCCUCAUGGGAAAAGUUUGCUUUGGAUUACAUACUGUACAGGAAAGAAUGUCAUCUGUUCAGUUCCUGAAUUAGCCGGCAGCGGAGUAAGACUCUGCUGUAUUAAAUUUUAAUAUGAAAUGUGAUACAGAGCUUCACUUUUAAUAGAGUUAAAUCCUGUCCAUUAUGGAAGCAGUGUAGUUUCAAAUAAGACAUUUAUGUAGGCACAGAAAACUAAAAAGAAGGAAACUCCAUUAGUCGUCUCCCUACCCAAAGGUGGGUGUUGGCUUUUUACUGAACUUCUUUCUUGCAUUUGAUGCAUACUUUUAUACUUGUCUGUGGCCUACGGAGUGGUGGUUUACUUUACAGAUAGGGUGUCCAAGGAAUAAAAUGACAAGUCAGCAAGGCCUCAUUCUUGCCGGAAUUCUUAGUUCCCUCCUCCCUUUGUGCUGCUUCUUUCUCCUUUGGAAGUUUUUCAUUUGUAUGUACUUGUCAUGAAUUUAAUCUGUUUAUUUUGUUCCUAAAGUUUUUCUGAAAAAAUA